GUUUCGUUGAAUAGCAGCAGUUAAGAUGCUAGAGCACUGUGCAGCAUUUUUAUGUUCUAAUCGGCGGAGCAUCACAAAUAGGGCUCGGGGGAUUACUUUUCACAAGUUUCCCAAGGACAAAGAUGUAAGGAAGAAGUGGGAAGUGGCUUUGAGGAGAGAAGGAUUCCAUGCAAGUGAUACAACAGUACUUUGCUCUAAUCAUUUUAAGAAUUAUGAUUUUGAAAGGACGGGUCAGAUUGUCAGACUCCAAGAUGGUGUUAUUCCAUCCGUCUUCAGCUUCCCGGGUUCACCUCCAAAGAAUCUUCAGUUAGACCUCAUGGCAUACAAAUACCUCAGAGAGACUCGACAUUUUCCCCUCCCACAUCCACAUACAAUACAAAGGUAG